UGUACGUGCUUGAUUAUUUCUUGGGUUUAAUAAAAGUAAAAUGUUUCUGAUUUUAAUUUGUUGUAUGUGCACAACAGCAGUGCUUGCAGUCCCUCAAAAUUAUUACCAACAACAAUCACACACAGUAAAGCCAUUUGUACCUAUUAUUGCGGAAAGCAAUGAAAUUAAUCCAGAUGGAUCUUUUAGUUACAGCUAUACUACUGGAGAUGGUCAGCAAGCUCAAGCUCAAGGUUAUUUAAAAAACGCUGGUAAUAAAGAUACAGAGGCUGAAGUUAUCCAAGGUUCCUAUUCAUACACAGCAUCAGAUGGAACACCCAUUACCGUCACAUACAUUGCUGAUGAAUUUGGAUUUCGUGCAGAAGGUGCCCAUCUGCCAACUCCGCCACCAAUUCCAGAAGCUAUCCAACAAUCCCUGGCACUAAUAGCACAGGCCCAAAAACAACCACAAUCGCAAAAUACUUUUCCCCAAAGUACAUAUCCACAAAGUUCUUAUAAACCGCAAUACCCCCGACCAUUCCGUUAUUAAAUGUAUGAAUAUAAAUAAAUACCUCAUCAGAUUAAAGUUUCUAGUAUAACAAUGUAUA